GCCGAGGGAGUAUUGACAGGUCAAGGUGCACAAGUUUAGCUCAGUGGGUUGGCCUUAUAAGUAGAAGCAUGGUGUAAGGCAUCCGCACAACCACACACCACCUCAACAAGAGCCUGUCUUGGUAGGACAAGAGCAUUUGAAUGUAUUUCAGCUUUUCAUUUUGUUUUUGAGAGUUUGUUCUGUAUCUCAUCAAAAUGGAUAACGUAUGUCAAUGUACAGAUUACCAUGUUAGGCAGUCAAAUGCUAUCCUUUACAACAUCCUCAAUCGAGAAAAUGUCAAGUCAAGCCACAACAACCCGAACUACAACUUGAUACCUCAUAGAUGCAACUGCGAGAUGCGACGGACAGUGUGCUUGAAAAGUCCAGCAGACAUUUGCCAAGAGGCGUCGGGAGUGCUGGUGAAAACAAUUCACUUUAUGAAGAACUUACCUGCUUUCAACCAACUCCCAACAAGCGAUCAACUAUCGCUCCUCCAAAGUUGCUGGGCGCCACUCUUUAUUUUGGGUCUGGCCCAGGAAGGCAUGAACUUUGACGUCGUCGACACCCCUGCCGAUAGCAUGCUGAAAAGAAUCCUCAUGAAUUCUCAAGAGAGCUCAGGGACGGAAAGAGAGCAGCCCACAUUGGCUGGUGUGAACAAACUCAAGUCAUGCCUCAAAAAGUUCUGGAGUCUGGAUUUAAGUCCAAAGGAGUACGCAUACCUCAAGGGCACCAUGAUAUUUAACCCAGAUGUGAAAGACCUGACGGCAGCUCUAUUCGUGGAGGGCUUACAGCAGGAGGCCCAGCAUGCUCUGAGGGAGGUGGUCCAACCACUCCACCCCGCGGACCGAAGCCGCUUCGCUCGUAUCCUGCUCGCGGCCUCCAUGCUCAAGACCAUCACACCCAACCUCAUCACCGAGCUCUUCUUCCGCCCUGUCAUUGGCCAAGCAGAUCUACUGGACUUCCUGGUCGAUAUGCUCUUCAGCAGGUAGCUACUGUAAGGCUGAUAUACAGAGACCUGAUAUAAUUUCCCGCUGGGACAAUAAAGUUGAAGCUUAAGCUUGAGGGGUUUGGGCUCCCACUGUGAGGGAUAUUGAGCCCCCGGGACUGAGUUGGGGGUGUCUGGUCAUGUGGUGAAGAGAUUGACAAAUAAGAGCUCGUUAUAAGGGGAAACAAAAUAAAUGUGUAUUCUUUAUUCCCAGUAAUAAAUGUCUGACCAAAUAGGAAAAUGAUUUUUUUCUCUGGAAAAUAUGAGAACAGUUUGCUAUUGUUUACAUCCAACUAUGAAUUAGCAACAUUUACUGUAUAUUAGCAACAUUUUUGGUAGAAAAUUGAAGUCACAAUGGUUGGUAGUUAUAACAGACAUUUUACUGGUUAUAUCAGACUACACUACAGUCUACAAUACACAUUCCUUACAAUCAUGUAUAUUUUGCAGAAUACCGUUUAGAUACAUUGUUUGUUUUGUGUAUGUUUGCAUGAAUAAUGUAAUAUUUUUUAUAAAUAUAUUUUUAUUACAA